AUGUUGGACCUGAACUAAAUGACUGUCCAUUUAAGAUAUGGGAGAAAAGGAAUAGAUUUAGUAGGCAAAGCAAUGUUGUUUACCGUGCUUAAUGUUUUCUCUCCCAUGCACAGAUACUGGGCAAACUUGAAACUUUGGUUCAAGCAAAAGAUCAGUAAAGAAGAGUUUGAUCUGGAAGCUCGCAGACUCCUCACCCAAGAUAACGUCCAUUCUCACAAUGAUUUCCUCCUGGCUAUUCUCACUCGAUGCCAAAUCCUGGUUUCUGCACCAGAGGGUCCUGGGCCUCUGCCGUGGACGGGUGGUUCUGCAACUAAACCUGGAAAACCCAAAGGAAAGAAAAAGUUUUCUUCAGUUCGGCAGAAGUUUGAUCACCGAUUCCAGCCUCAGAAUCCAUUGUCUGGAGCCCAGCAGUUUGUGGCAAAGGAUCCUCAAGAAGAUGAUGAUUUGAAGCUGUGUUCCCAUACAAUGAUGCUUCCCACGCGGGGCCAGCUAGAAGGAAGGAUGAUAGUCACUGCAUAUGAGCACGGGCUAGACAAUGUCACCGAAGAGGCAGUGACGGCUAUUGUCUAUGCUGUGCAGAAUCACCUUAAGGAUAUCCUGGCAUCUGUAGUAUCUAGGAGGAAAGCCUAUCGCCUGAGAGAUGGUCAUUUCAAAUACGCCUUCGGAAGCAAUGUUAACCCACAGCCUUACCUGAAGAACAGUGUUGUUGCCUAUAAUAAUCUAAUUGAAUGUCCUCCUACCUGCGUGGCACCUUCUGCGGGUCAGAAUCUAGCCUCCCACCCCGCUCCUGACGAUGCUGAGCAGCAGGCAGCUCUCCUCUUAGCAUGUUCUGGGAAUACUUUACCAGCUACUCUCCCUCCCGUGAACAUGUAUGACCUUUUUGAGGCAUUACAGGUGCACAGAGAAGUUGUUCCAGCACACACCGUCUACGCUCUAAACAUUGAGAGAAUCAUCAUGAAACUUUGGCAUCCAAACCACGAGGAGCUGCAGCAAGACAAAAUCCAUCGCCAGCGCUUGGCAGCAAAGGAAGGGCUGCUGCUAUGCUAAAGUGAGGAUGGCCGGCGUUGAGGCGGGCUGUCAUUUUGUGAA